CAUAACACAGUUGUCCAUCAUGUCUUCAUUUCCAGGAACCGGAAGCGCCGCUCGUCCGUUGAUCGUGCCGCGCCGGCCCAGAUCUUUCACACAAGGUCGGAACCUGAAACCGACAUUGCCUCGCAAGAAACACCAUCAACCCUGGAGACUAAACAACGCAAGGGUCUCCAAAAAGUACACAUCGCGUACGAAAAACGGAUGAAUGAAAUCAAAGCCAUGCACUUUCGGCGUCGAAACGAAAGUCGACGGGCGUAUGACAACAAAAGGACGAUUGCCAUUGACGAUUACAACAAGGCUGGGUGCUGGGGGAUCUUCCGAUUUUCUCCCCGGCGCAAACUUGACGCGAUUGACCGGGACCAAGACAAUGCCGAUAAUUACUUUGCCAAGUCUGAAAGAAUCGAGCGUAGAGCGGUCGAGAGAAGAUUUGAAGAUCGUGAGGAGCUCUACAUACACUGCUAUAGGAGAAUAUGGAAGAAGAUGUAUCCUUCGAUACCAUUCUGCUGCUGUCUUUGCGCAUGCGGCUUGGGAUUGAGAGCCUACGACCAGUUCAGCUCCUGGCCUUAA